AUGCGACCUCUCGCACUGCUCACUGCCAUACCCGUUUUCUACUCCGUUUAUGUCGCAGGGGAUAAUGGAUAUGACUGCUCUGAUUCGGAGGGCAAUACAAAUACAACUUACGACCAAGCCCUCGUGGAAGGAAGCGUGAAAGAUACGUGUCUCCCAGAUAGCGAGCUGUCUGCGGCCGAACUCGCGGCAAACGUCGAGGCAAAGAAGUAUCCCCAGGUCUGGGUUGAUUCGAAAGAUUAUGGUUUCAAUGGGACCGUCUUACUCUGGAAAUAUCAAGGAAACAGCUCUGAGGCUUUAGAAGAACUAGACGUGCUCAUUUUUACUGACAGUGCCUGCAAUGUUUUGGGAUUAGCGCAGAAAUCAAAAGACUUUUACACGAUAUGUAAAAGUGCACAUGAACAUUAUGAUGAGAAAGUAAUCACUAAUACAUUGCAUAAACACGUUCGGCGCGGAUUUUUCUCUAACGACAGUGAUGAUGAUGAUGAUGAUGACGAAGUAAAUAAUUUACACGGUUAUCAAGGUAGUACCAGCGAGAAUGCAAUAACCUUGUCUCCCAUACAUGAAAGUAGAUACGAGAAUGAGAGGCGACGCAAUAGGGGAUGGUCUUAUUUUAGAACAGUACCCAAACAUCUAUUACCAGAUCCACCCGCUACCCUGCCGCAAGAAGAUGAUGAUACCAGCUCAUAUGCUUCAACGGAAUAUGGAACUGCUUCACAGAGUUUUUCAACCACAAAUGAAGAUGACAGCUCACAGUACAAUGAAGGCAGCGAAAGCCACUAUGGGUCUCAAUACCAAGGUGGUUCUUCCAGCUCAUAUCAAAGGUCAAAAUCGAAGAAAAAAGGCUUCGCUUCUAGAAUUUUCGGCAGUUCCCAAAAACAAAGAUACCUUCCAGCCACUGCAGAUUUUCCAUCCACACGAAAUCCCCCACCACUUGACCGUUCAAGAGAGCGGCCUUCAGGAUGGGUUGUCAUAACUCCAGGCCCUCCAUCACGGCCACCCCCAAAUAAUGGCUAUACGAUGCGGCCCCAUUGGCCAAAUUCCUAUGGCCCGGAAGGCACUAUACACGAACCAGAUGAUAAUUCAGGCGAUCCUCCGUAUAUACCGGGGAAUAAUCAGAGCAGUGACUAUGGACAAGGUUAUAACCAGGGACAAGAUUAUAGCCAGGGACAAGAUUAUGCUCGAGAGGUGCAACAAUAUGCGGAUGAUUUCUUUAGAAUAAAUUGA